GGUUGGGUAUACACGUCCCUUUCUCCGCUCUUCCUAACUGGUCGAACCGCAUCCCUUUGAGUGGUGAAAUUGCUUCUCCAUUGAGUGUUUAAAACCACGCCUCCUGAUUGGCUCAACAGUGGGUUUGGUUUUUAGUGAAAACUUUAAAGAACAACCGUAAGAACAAGUGUAAGAGAACAAUAGUGAACAGAAUCGUGAUGAACAAAUGUGAACAAUUUUAACAAUACACCAAUACUGCAGAAAAAAAAUUGAAGAAAAAACUUAAAGAACAGAACAUUUGAACCAGUGUUCUUGUUCAUCAUCACCACCUCCCUCCCCCACAGAAGAACAGGGUCAUUACGCCAUCCUUACAUCCUUCUACGCCAAGUUACGGGGAGUCCUACGUAGAUUGAUGAGUCCUGAAGGCAAAUUGAUCAAAGGAUUGACUGGAAGGAUGUAAGUGGCUGUCUACUGAGAACAUUUUAUUUACAGUCGGAGGCACAAUGGUCCCGACGGAAGAAGAUCGCUCACUAUCCAGCGCUCUUGUAGCCCCAGACUCCUCCCCUUCUUCUUCUUCUUCUCCAAUCACAGGAGGCCUUCUUGGAUAUGAGUCAGUUGGCCCCACCCCUCAUUCCCCUAACUCCUCAAGCCCCGCCUCCAACUCCUCAAGCCCUGCCCAUAAUUCUGGGAGCUCCAGUCAUGAUUCCUUAAGCUCCACCCAUAAGCCAGUAAUCUCCACCCCUUUAUCCUUAAGCUCCACCCAUAUAAUAGUAAACUCCACCUCUUUAUCCUUAAGUUCCAGCUAUACACCAAUAAGUUCCACCCCCCUGCCCCUAAGCUCCACACCCCAUCAUUCAAGCUCAUAUGAUCCCACCCUACAGGUCAUAAACUCCGUCUCUAAUCCUAAUCCUAACCAUGAACCCCUAAUUCCAGCUCCCAAUUCCACUACCUUAAUCCUUCAGCCAUUAAACUCCUCCCCCAGUUCCUCUGACUCCACCCCUGAGUCACUUAACUCCUCCACCAGUUCUCUUGACUCCACCCCUGAGUCAGUAAACUCUACAGCAGGUAUGUUUAACCCCCCCAACGUCUUGCUCUCUACCCCGGAGCUGGUCACCACCACCCACCUGCCCACCUUCAGGACGUCGGCGUCAUCCUCUCCUGAUGACCCCAGUGAAGUAAUCCAAGAUGGGAACUCGACAGCCAGAACCCAAGACCUUGAGAGAGAACCCCAAGAACCUCUCACCUCAGACAAGAACUCGACCACCAGAACCCAGGAGAGUAUCCUCGACUCAGCCACCAGGACCCCAGAUCUCGACAGGGGAGGAUCUCAAGCCUCCCUCAGCCCAGUCAUGAACCUCACAUCAACCACACCUCCGUCAGGUAGCAAAAGGCGACAGAGUGAACCGAACCUCAAGGGAACGACAUCAUCCCCCAGGGUCCUCAUCAGUACCACACCAAGAGCGAGAAACAGUUCUAAGAUUCAUCCCUCUAAACGAAAACCCUCCCUGAAGUUCUCAAGGAGUAUGACGCAGAGGUCAGCGCCAUCUGACAUCCAAAACACGGACCCCCAAGUGGACUCCCGGGUCAACGUGUGUCACAAUGAUCCGUGUGGUCCUGGUAUAUCCUGCCAUCCUACACCACAGGGAAAGACUCCUUUUGAAUGUAUCUGUAGUAAUGGUGAAAAGCGACUCCAACCCAACGAGACCUGCCAAGAUAUUCACAUUGCUGGUGUCCCUCAGCCCCGGCCUAUAGCUCCCUCCAGCCAUCCUAACAAGUCCUCCCCUUUACAGUCGAAGAAUCUGGUUAGCGCAGCGGUAGUAGUGGCGCUGGUGAUGGUUGUGGUGCUGAUGCUGGUCUAUUGGCGGAGGAAGAACCUUUACACGCUACUGAGACACAGACAGAGGGAAAAGAAAUCAGGACCACAGUCACCCGGGAGCCUGGCGAAGAGUUCGUCACUCUUAACACACAACUUCGCCAGCAACCCCAACUACUACGCUCAGUCACCGGACAAUUUGCCUCUACACACCCUGGCGGUCCAGCUGAUAGACUCAGACCAAAUCUCCUUUAUCGGUGUGCUGGGGGAGGGAUGCUUCGGAAAGGUGUACAAAGGAACGUAUGGCCCACGCUGUCCCCCGGAGAGUGUGAGUGAGGUGACGAACGACGAGGAACAAGGAGAAGGAGGAGGUACCGGGGAAGAGGAGGAGGUGAACUUGACGGUGGCGGUGAAGGUGCUGAAGGAGUCUGCAGGAGUAGAAGCCGAAGCUGACUUUAGGAGAGAGGUGGAGAUCAUGUCAGCCUUCAAACACGAAAAUAUAUUGUCUCUGAUCGGCAUAGUGGCUACAGAGCUGGGCAAGACGCCGUGGAUGGUCUUCGAGUACAUGGCCUAUGGUGAUCUUGCGGAGGUGCUGAGAUCCUGCUCUAAACCCUUCUACAGUAAUGACUCCCCCAUCAAGUCCCUCAGUCGGGAGGAUCUACUCAACAUCAGCGUGCAAAUAGCCUCAGGGAUGGAGUACCUGAGCUCUCAACAUUUCGUACACAGAGACCUGGCGUGUAGGAACUGCCUGGUGGGGGAGAACUUGACGGUGAAGAUCUCUGACUUCGGCAUGUCCAGGGAUGUGUACACCUGUGAUUACUAUAAGAUCGGAGGGUCCAGGUUGCUGCCAGUGAGGUGGAUGGCACACGAGAGUAUUAUGUAUGGCAAGUUUACCCUGGAGAGUGACGUAUGGAGCUUUGCCGUGGUGCUUUGGGAAAUUUACUCCUUUGGCAAACAACCCUACUAUGGCAACCCGAACGAAAAUGUAAUAAAACUCAUCUUCCAGGGGAUCUUACUCAGCCCGCCAGACACCUGUCCUCCGCAGGUGUGUGACGUAAUGCGCAGGUGUUGGGCCACAGAUCCCAACGACCGCCUCAAAUUCCCCGAAAUCCUGGCUCGACUCAAGCGCCUACAGGAGGAACAGAGGACAACCGCUUUACCGUCUCCUCCCCCCUCCCCCGGGCCCGCCGUACCGCCCCCCAUCACCUACAGCGAGUUGUGUUUACACGAUGAAGGUGGACUUGAGCUGGACUCUGAUCAGUACCUCAUGCCCAGGAUGGCUGAACGCAGGGAGUACAUCACUGUACUCAGCGAUGUGUAGAGUCCUGAACGACGGCUGGCUCUCGUUCAGUCUAUUUGUCUCUCUCUCUAUCUCUGCCUCUCUUUUUCUCUUUCAUUCUUUCCAGCUCUCCUUCCCCUCCUCUCCAGCCUAUCAAACACAUGUGACAGUCUUGGUUCUGAGCGUCUCUUCACCUACAGAAUAUAUUACGACAGCUGGACCUUCAAGACGCUUAUAUACCUUGUCUCUGGGUGUUCAGGUGACGUUAGGGAAAUGUUUCACCUCUGGUUAAAAUGGUCCUUGAAUGAACCACUAAGGGCGCCCCUCAGAAGUGCCCCGAUGUGGAAUAGGUGCCUCGAUGCCUCUUUUAGAAUGGUUAUGAUUUGUUACGACGUCUAGAGGUCUGACGUUCACUUUAAGACAGCCUUCGACGACCAUCUUGAGGACGUUCUCUGUGUGUACCUGGUGUCCCCCGUCAGGAGGAUGGCUGCGAAUAAAAUGUAUUAAUACAGAUACAGCAAUACAUAAAGUGCGUUGGUGUUCAGAAAUACAUAAAAGUGCGCAGGGGAUCAGAAGUGCAUAAAACUGCGUUGGUCAAAAUAACAUCAACCAACUCUUAUCAAAAGGUAAUUUAUCUCACUAACAUGACACAAACAAUUAUCUGCCUCUGACAACAAACUGUGUACGAAUAUAACUUGAAACUAUCUGAAGUGCAUAAAAUAUUUAAUCCCUAUAUCAAGAAGGAGUCUAUUCAACUCUGGUAAUAAUAUCUUGAGUCUGUGUGUGUUAGUUCUCCGUGUUGAGGUGAAGGCGUGGACAUUAACCUGGUCUUGACGUCAGAGAAAAUAAACACAAUUCCACGUCCACCUGAAGUGCUUUACAUGGUGACGACACAGUGACAUUAAUAAGAGUUACAAUUAUGUUGAUGAGAAUACCAGAAUCUCGUUUAAUAUUAUGAAAUACAUUUACAAAGCUAACCGUGUUCUUGAUGGUAAAAUGUACAGAGAUAAUAUUGACAUAUAUCCAGUUCACAUUGCUGACGAUUACAAGGAUUAAGUUUUGUCAGUAAGAGAAAAUUAUACUAAAAUUACCCUGAUGUUGAAUAAGAGUGACAAAGAAAUCACCAUUAACUAUUUUAAACCUGAAAUGAAAGAAACUUAGAUAUCCCUCACUAGCUCAAACAAUAUCAGCCAGGUCAAAAAGAACGUGUUUACUCGAAUGAAAACACCUGGAAUAUUGAUCCUGUUGAGGAGGAACUCUCUACCUCUUCGUUAGUGCUGCCUACCUGGUCAUGGGGACAGGUGCAGGUGGAGUCAGAAAAUUAAUCACUUACACCUGUCGGACUCGUGGUGAUGAGUUUAUUGUUGUAUUAUGUAAGUGUGAUGACGAUAGUGAUGAAGUAGUGACGUUGUGGUGAUGGUGGUUAUGUUACAGUGAUGGUGUUAAUGCUAUAGUGAUGAUGGUGAUAAUACAGUGAAUUUUUGGGGGGGCUAUUAUGAAGUGAAAAAGUUUGUGAAAUAAUGGUAACACUAAAAUUUGCUUUUCAUGGAAGUAGUGGUGUGAUAAUGGUGGUACAUGUUAUCUUUAUGUAAUGGUGAUGACAAUUGAGCCUAAUAGAUCAUGGUGGUGAGGCUGAUCAUGGUAAAGUGUAAAACAUUUGUCAUGGUAGUGCACUUAAAGUAUUAUACUGACCACUUUGAACACUUUCCAUGGUAGGACAUUGAACAAGUUAUGGUAGUGGAUUCAUAGCAGUGCAGUUUUUAAAUAGAAUGAAAACAAGACUACUAUACAUCCCAUGGUAUAUUGCCACGUCAUAACCAUGGUACCUCUACACCGAUGGUAAUAUGGUAUUGGGUUCAACUAUAACAACACCAUGGCUAAAAAUCCCUAGAAAUUGACAGGAUUGACAGGUGAAGACUCGAUAAACAGUAGAUAGAAAAGAUAAACAAGAAACAAAGAGAAAGAAUGGAUGGAUAAUAAGGAAACAGAAGAGAAUGGAUAAGAGAAUUAACAAGAAACGAAUGGGAGAUAGUAAACAGAAUGAAAAGAAAAAGUUGAUAACGAAAGAUGAAGAAAAUAUUAAAAAAAUGGAUGGAAAAAAGUUGAUCAAGUGUAAAUAAGGAUUGAUUAAGGUAUCUCAAUUAACCAAGAUGGAUUGACGAUUGACUAAUGACAAACAAUAGCAUAAAAACAGCUAUUAAUCCUAUACACCAUAAUCUAGAGAUAUAACUAAGUACACUAUGUUAACUAUAUGAAAGACAUUGUAAAUACACCCUUAUGUAAUGUAUAUAUAUGUGUGUUUUAUAUACGAUGGUCUUAAGCACUGUAUAUAGACAAUCCUGAGUUACUUCUGAUGAAAGUACGUUAUAACCACCACCAGUUAACAAAGUUUGUAAUUUGUGUCGUAAAACGUUUCUUAUAGUGUAAUAAGUGCCCUGGCGUCCUUAGCAACCGGUGUACUUUUUUCAGAGAAGGUGAUUGGUUACUGGUUGCUAAGUUAUAAUUCCUUAGCAACCAAUAGCCAAUCAACUUUUUAGGUUUUGUAAGUGGGCGGAGUUUAAUGAGUUUGUUAUUGCACCUUGUACUUAAAUGAUACACCGAAUUGGUUAGGUUAGGUUAGGUUAGGUUAGGCUCAGUUCAGUUUAAAUUCCAUGGUCUCUGUAUAAAUCAAGUGUAUUUUUGUAUACGUUGAUAUACAGAAACACUCAUACUGUUACCUUGUGUAUAUCCAGAUUCUUGUCAUUUUCAGCUUAAUAUGUCACUGAAUAUACACGUCCAUCCACUCAUAUAUACACGUCUAUACACCCAUGUACACAUAUAUACACCGUCACCGACGUUUCUUCAUUCAUCAAACAUACACAAGCAAACGCACAUACACAUGAACGCAAGUAAACGCACAAAUACUUUAUAUAUGUAUAUCUUUCACACACACACACACACACACACACACACGAGAGAGAGAGAGAGAGAGAGAGAGAGAGAGAGAGAGAGAGAGAGAGAGAGAGAGCAGCUUGGUUAAGUUAGAAGUGUACCCAGAGGACCUAAAUAUUUAUACCAGAGUAAACCAUAAGGUUAACAGUACUGAGACGUCGUCCUUAUCUUUCUCUCUCUCUUUGUGGCUCUCUAUCUCUCUCUAUGUGGCUCUCUAUCUCUCUCUUUGUGGCUCUCUAUCUCUCUCCCUGUCUUUGCAUUAAAACGUCUUUGUCUGUGUGUAUGUACUUUAUACACACACACACUAGCAGGCACCCACACGACCAUUUUACGCAGGCAAUUCUCGUAACAGCUGGUGAGUCAAUCAGAUACUGGGCGUGGCAGCCAACAAGACUAUAACAAGCUGAACUGUCCCUUGUUAUCUUACCAUCUUCAUUCAUCACGUAGAGAGAGAGAGAGAGAGAGAGAGAGAGAGAGAGAGAGAGAGAGAGAGAGAGAGUAUUCGUCAUCAUCCUCAUCCUCAUCAUCAUCAUCAUCAUCAUCAUCAUCAUCAUCUCCUCACAUACUACUAAACAUUUGUCUGUGUCUCUUUAUAUACACAGUGUAUAUAAACAUGUAUGUGUGUAUGGAUAUGUACAUUAUAUACAUACAAGUAAUUAUUAUCUCACAUAUUCAGAGUAAAAUAAUCUUCGUCGUCUCAAUAAUCAUAAAAUUUUAAUAAUAAGGUAAAAUUUAUCUUAUUAAUGUUUAUCUAUUUUUUUUAUUGUUUUGAGUUUGUUGAUAAUGUCUUGUUAGGUGUUAAGGAAUGGCCGAAGGUAACUUAGUGUAGUCUUAUGGUAUUAAGUUAUUAAGUUAUUGAUUGAGAUCUGUAGAAUAUUUUUUGUUUUGUACUUAAUUUUGGGUUAUAUUUUAUACCUUGGGUUAAAUCAGUGUUAAAUUAGUCUUUUUUUAUUAUUAAAUGUAUUGUGUUAAGAUAUGACGUCAUGUAUGUAUGUAUAUUGUUAACAUAAAUUAACUUUGAUCCUCGGUGGGAUUCGAACCGUUUCAGAACCUUACUUACUGCAUGUGUUAUUGAAGCUCAGGAAGGCAAAACGAACCCUUGAACCACUGACCUAGAGACCCCCCUGGUUCGAACCCGACCUUGUGAUGUUUACUUUGGCAUUCUGUACUUAACUUGUCAUCUGUGGAAUAAUAUGUCGUUAGUAUAUGUAGUUAACUUCUGAUAUGGGAGUAAUUAUAAACACGAUGAUAAUGUUAAUAUUGAGAAAGUGGGUUAAUGUUAGUAUUGUUUAUGUUAAUAUUAAUAAAUUGGGGUAGAUAUAGUGUAUUAACUGUCAUAGGAAUAUAUUCACUAAAUUUGUUAUAUGUCUAGAGUAUGACAGGAGGUAUGCUGGGCCCUGUUGGGAUAUACUAGCAUAAUAAAGAGUAUAUCUUUCUGUGGAUAUAUGCCGAGUUUAUUGAUUGGCUGGAGAAGGGUAUGUUCUUGAGUUAAACUUGGGUGCCAGACAUAUGUUCCUGGAAUAUACUAGUGCCAAAGAAUAUAUUUUUUGGGGGGAUUUAUGACAGUGCCAAUGUAUAUAAUGUAUAUAUUCAUUAGGUGUAUAACGGUGCCAAAGUAUUAUGUAACGAAAUAUAUCGAUGCCAAAGUAUAGAUUCACUGAAUAUAUGACAGUGCCAAAGUAUAUUCACUGUGGUAUAAAAGAGUGCCAGAGGCUAUAUUAUUAUAGUAGUGAGACGCAUAAUAGUGCCAGUAAAUACGUCACGAUGCCACAAAAAUGGGUUUUUCGAAUGGCACUUCUGAUUGGUAGAUUUUCACGUGUAUUUCUAUAUAAGUUCUGAUAAGGCGCUCCUGAUUGGUGGAAUUUUUACAAGUCAACACCGACCGGCUUUGGUACGGCACUUUGGAUUGGUUCUUUUUUUUUAUGUUUACAUGGAUAGGCUGUCCUGAUUGGUGGGUUUUUGUUAUUGUGACGUAAAUUGUUAGUUUGUGUUUAAUCUAAGUAACUUUGAAUGAUAUUUAAAUUUGUGAAGUAAAUGAGCAGAAUAAUCAACCACUUAGGCCUAUACAGUAUUUGUUUUGACAGUUCGCAUGUCGUGAACGUUUUUCUUUUAAAGAUACAGCCUAACGUUUUAAAAUUGGAAGUGUUAAGAAUGUUAGAAAGAAUUGCAAACGUUUUUAAAAUCAACACAAACGUUUCUAAAUCAACACAAACGUUUCUAAAUCAACACAAACGUUUCUAAAUCAACACAAACGUUUCUAAAGCAGGUUAAAGUAGCCUGGUUAUCAUAAGGACUGACAAACAUAUAUUAUGGAUAUGUAGUUAAGAUGUAAGCAAGUUGUACCUUCUGUGUAGUGUUUGUUCUUUACACAGACUUUACCUGAGUGUUUUGUUAUGGGUUAAAUGAGUAAGGGAGAGUACUGCUAUGCGGGUAACACACACACACACACACACACACACACACACAUGCAUUUGAUAAAUACACUGGUGCCCAUUCGCCUCUGAUUGGCUACACAGUGACCAAUAGGGAAAAGACAUCAUUAUCUAACUGCAUUUUUCUGAUUGGCUUUAGAGAUAGUGGGUGAACUCGAUAAUUGCCUCUGAUUAGCUAAUAGACAACGGUAGACCAGUCACGUCUACCUCUUCACUGAUUGGCUUAUAAAAUUUAUGGGCGUGACCAGUCACGUAUCCUCUCCUCCGAUUAGUUGGUAAAAGGGCGAUGGGAGGGACGAAUCAUGUUCCCUCUCCUCUGAUUGGUUUGGGGAGGGAAAAUCAUAUUCCCCUGAUUGAUUCGGAGGGAUCAAUCGCGUACCUCCUCGCCUCUAAAUUGUUAGGAGAGAACAAUCACGUUCCUCCUCGCUUUUUAUUGGUUGGGAGGGACCAAUCACGUUCCUCCUCGCUUCUAAUUGGUUGGGGGGGGAUCAAUCACGUCCCUCCUCUUCCCUGAUUGGCCAGAUAAACAACUAAUGACAAGUUAGAUAUAUUUUCAUACAAGUUUAUCUUCAUAUCAUUGGCUCAACAAUACCCAUAGACAAUAAUAUUUUAGAUCUUUGUAAAAAAAUUAUAUAUUUAAUCAAAGUGUUUUACAAUUUACAGGUUUUUCUUGUCGUAAUAUACAAGGGCAUGAGAGCGUUUUUUUGUAAAUAAUUUAAUUUUAACCUUAAGUAGGAAUUAAUUAAUGUACAUCAGUAUUAAUUUUUUCUGGACAAGUUUUGAUUUUUUUUUAAAAUAUGAAUUAAAAAUGUGUUAAUUCAUAUGUUACCUUUUUCUUCCUUCGUAUGAAUAAAUCAAGUAUUUUGUG